GUGGAAAGAGAGGGAGUGUGUGUGAGAGAGAGAGCGCGCUGUAUUUUGUAUCGCACUGUCUUUAUAAAGCAGAAUUGCUGGAGGAAAGGAGAUAUUGAGCCUGCUUAAGCGCGGUUCGUGUAUAAGGCCGCGUGGAUCUAGAUGUACUGACGGAAAUAUUAAUGAACGCGACGCCAUGGACGCGACAGCAAACGACGAAACUGAGCGCUGACACGAGAUGAAAUGAGAAGAACAAGAAAGCGUAUGAUCUCAGCUACAAAACACAACCAUAAGCAGCUUCACAACAGGGCAGAACGUCACUAUGGUCCCUCUACUCCAAUUUUUUCUCUUUCUGCCUUUGAUUCAGCCAAUCACAAAUCAUGUCCAUGGAAACUCUCUUUCUCCUCCAACCGUUCCCUCAAAAUCAGUUUCCUAUAGUUUAAAGAGUCGGACAGAUGCGGCUGUAAAAAAAAAUUAUCAUGGAUUUGCUGGUAAUGCUGCAUUAGAAAUGUUCAGACCAUUUCUUGGUAUUGGAAAUACCAAACACAUUUUCUAUGGAAAAAAUGUCAUUAAACAAAGUGGAAGUCCAAACGAACGGGUUGAAAGGAUAAAAACUGGAGAUACAUUGUCAAGAAAAACUGAGUCAAGAGUUCAGUUGUUAGUAUCACCCAAAAACAGAGUCAAAAGACAACCCAUCCACACUGACAUGCUACCGAAAGAUGCUGCUAAUAAUACAGAACCCAAAAGUCAUUCAACUGAAUGGCCAAUCGCCAAUCAUAGUGCUGACUUUUCACUGUUUCAAGGAAGCGAGUCAACGAAAGACAACCCAGAAACUGAAUUCAAGGAGACUGAUUGGUCAACAGUAGGGUCAGGUGACAUGUUGAUAGCUGCAGAAAUUGGUUUCAUAGGGUCAUCGACAGAUGCUGUAAGAUCAACUGGUAAAGAAAAUGCACAGUAUGGACCACAAGUUCAGAAUGCUUACAGUGUGCUUGCUAGUGUGGUCACAGCACACACAGAUCCAACAGUUAACCCUUCGCGUCAUACCAGACCGCUUGUACCUGCACCAGCAAAUGAAAAAAAUGCAUCCAGAUCUGACUUUCAGGCCACUUCCAACAGGACUAACCAUUGGGAUGCAAAUGGGACUCAAUUGGAAAUAGGUAGAUUUGGGAUAGCCACUCCAACUGCAACCCAGCCAGAAAGUCAGUUCACCACUUUACGAUCGUACAGCAAAACCACCACUGCUAGCACAAGCACAGUCAAUCUUCAACUAAAGACACCAUUACCAGAAGUGGACACCAUUAUUUACAACAAUUCACAACCAGUUAGCACAGCACAGUCAACUUCAACAACAAUACCCAUCGACCAGUCAACGGGGACAGGAACUACAGGAACAGUGACCAGUACAACCAAUAAGACAAGAGAAACUACAACCUUAACUGCAAAGCUGUCGGGCAAAACUGAUCAACAAAACAUUAAAGGUAAAAACACUUUUCUGAGGACUACAUCUUCUCGCCCAAUUGGACGUGGCCGCUUCAUAUUCUCGGAAAACAAUGCAAAAUACACAGAGAUGGACCCGUCAAUCUCGCAGAGAGUAGUCCUACCUGUGAAGUCAAGCACUGUCUCCCCAACGCCUGCCCUACCCAAGGCCCACUGUGCUACUGGUGCAGACCCCUGUGUUUUUUCCAAAGAUCUCAAUGAUCCUAAUAAAUCUGGUGCCACAAAUGGGAGCGUUUUAGUGUGGGGGGACCUGCGUCGCACACUGUCAUUUGCAUGGGAGCUGCAUGUAUUUGGUUCUGCUGCCCUCUUCCUUCUUUUGACUGCUGGUGCCGUCCUUGGCUUAGCAUUAGCUCCCAGCAUGCAUUGCCCUCACCGUGGUGAACUGGUGCUUGCCAACAGCCUCUUGCUAGUUGUGGGUACAGUUAGAGCUGGCCACUUCUUGCUCGACCCUUAUGGGACACGACUCAUUCUGCCACCUCCUGUCAUAAUAGCUUUAUACACGCUCCCCUUGCCGCUGUUUAUUUUGGCACAGGCUGCAUUGGUUAUACUUGCACUAAAAGAAGCAGGAGCAACUUUGCUACCUCCAGCACUUCAGAGCCCCCCUCUGUUGGGAGUGUUGGCUGUUUUACAAUGCACUCUGCUACUUGCUGCAGACUUACUUUCACCUGCUCUCUCACCAGCUGUUCCCGUCAUCCUACAGAGCCUCACACUGACUGCAGGCCUGGCACUGUGUUUAGGGUAUCUCUUCCUGGCUUUGCCACACCUCUCACAAACACAUGCACCUCAGGCUGGAAAUAAGGGCAUGGGUGAAGGGAGGGUGCGAGUUUUGGCAAGGGUACUGGCAGUGUGUGCUCUUCUUGGGGUAGUGUGCUGUCUGUUGCACAUAUACGCCUGCCUGUGGUUAUAUGGGCUUCUAGGAGACUGGAGGCGCUUCUGUUGGGCUUGGUGGCUCUGCCAGUUUUGGGCAAGAUUGUUGGAGCUUGCUUGGGCUUUCUGCCUGCUUUUGGUGUCCUCCUGGGUCUUCUGGAGACCCAGUGGAGGCCAAAUAUGUGGAGCACCAAGACAGGAAGAAGCUGCCUCAGAAAACCAGCCCUCAUCCUCGCACCCAUCAAACUCUACUGGUAGACAUACAUGCUGGGCAAAGAUUGUGCAGAGCCUGAAGGUCAGGCAACAAAAGAAAUCUGAAAGCAAUGGGACUGGAGGGUCCAGCAGUGGUGGAGCAGUCAGAGAGUUGUCCAAUAACUGGGCAGGACAGGAGCAAUCAGGGGCAGACAUUAGCAACAGCAUGAUACGAAAUCAUGACCUACUCAAAGACAGCAAUCUAAAGAGCUUCGCAGGGGGUUCAGUAGAGUUAAGGCUGCAGGCACUUGUGCUGCCACCUCAGCGAUCUGUAAGUAGUAGCUUGGACAGGGACAAGGAGUCAACCAGCUCGCUCUAUGACUUUGACCUGCGCCCUCCAACCCCUAUUGACCUGAGCCGUAGUAUUGAUGAGGCGCUUCAUCUUGAGCAUCUGUUAAGGGGCGGAAGUCUGUUCCAACCACUGCGACCACUAUCACCUCCAUCUCCAGAGUUGUGGAUGCGACGGAAUAGUGAACCCCAGAUCACACUGUCAUUGAGUAGUGAUGAACACACACUGCUCACAGAGUCCUACGUAGGUCUGGAUCGCUCCAUACCUAGUGCUGUGCCUAGCCGACAGGUCACAGCCCCCCCUACACCCACCCAUCAGGGCUUCCGUUGGGUCUCGGAGGCACCAGUACCCUCCUCACUGUCCUGCCCUGUCUCGCUGCAUCCAUCCCCAAGCACUGGCCAUGCCCUGGUGCCAAGUGCAGAAAACACUAGGCCAUUUCUAACCCCUGACCUUGACAGUUCACAAUUGAAUAGCAGAAGUGGGUGCAGUUACUUGAAUGUCAGUCAUCAGGAUGACUUGGCUAGCAUCAGUAGUGACAUUAUUGACCUUUGAAGUUGUUUGUUGUGGCACAUAUUCCAUUAAAAUCAGGGUAAAACAGUGACAAAUUGCAACUAACCCCUUCAGUUAAUUGUAAGGAUAUUAUUACUAAGGGUUUCCUUAACUUAAGGGCUUUGUUGCAACUAGCUGCAGAGCCUAAUUAAAGUAUAUUGGAAUUUUAAGGAAGAGGAACACAUUGUGAAGUGGCUUUAUCAGAUUUUAAGAAGAGGAUGUAACUGUUAGAGAAUACAAUCAAAACAGAAAACAUUUACAUGUAACAUGUCCUUGCUCAUUUCUAGUUCUGUUCCAUAUUGCAGGACUUAGGAAUGUUCUGGGUUAAAGUAAAACUCAAUAGAUAGCAUCUGUGACACGCUUUUGAUUAUCACAGAAAAUAAUUUAGACUUAUCCUCCAGUUUUGUGAAAGCAAACAAAGUUUUCAUUAAUGCACUUACACAGAAAUUAGAAAUGUACUAAUUCUUUGUUCAAAUAUUUUUAUUAUUUACUGUUGGGACUGCUGUUCUUUAGAACAUGCUACUGAUGUAAUUCAUGUAGGUGAAAUUUGCUCAGUAUAGACCAGUGGCAGCCCGUGCAUUUUAAGUCUAGGCCUUCUGUGCGAUUCAUGCCAUUAAGAAAACACCGUAUUUUCUUACUUUUCUUACUUACGUACUUUUCAAAACUUGAUCCGACACUGAAUGCUCAAGCAGCCUUAUUUACACUUAGAAAACUCCUGAUGUUGCUAUAACAGUGCAAAAAGCACUUACCAAUUUGCUUGAAGUGAAAAUCAGUCCUCCUUUCCUGUUUAAUUAAUCAAUUGCAUGAUCAUGCAGAGCAUCUCAGGGUUUUAAAUCCAUAAGGAUCUCUUUCUCAAUGCUGAUGUGGCAGUGACAGCCAACUCGUCAGCAAGAUCUUGCACCCUUCGCUUUCAAAUUACGUACAUCACUUAAAGCGUGAUUGCAUCACUCAAGGCCAGCUAGAAGGCCUGGACUGUGACAUAUCCUAAAGACCACACCCACCAAGAACAAAUAAAUCAAUCUGAUUGGCUGACGAUUCUGACAAUCUGACUUUAGAUGCCUAUUCACUGCAGUGUUGAGGGAUUCUGCAGAAAUUCUGAAGGCCUGACGGGGUGGAUCUUAGACUCCAGCUAAGGAGCAUGGCUUCGGGUAUGUGAUUUGUGAAACAGUUGUCACAAUUUGCUGUAAGCAUCGAGGAAUAAAUUCUGAUUGGAUAAACUUUUUGUUUUUUGCUAUUCGUUUGUAGAUGAAUUAGGAGUGGAAAGCGAUUGAAAAUACAUAGGCAAAAAGGUCAAUGAGAGUGAAAGGAUGAAAAAAUAUUUAUUUAUUAGGCAUAUUGCAUCAGCAGAGAAGGCUUUGCUGGCCCUGAGGAAUCACCACUGGUGUAGACAGUACUUCAUGGUUAGUCACAUAACAUCCCUUUCUGGUAUCCUUGCACGUAUCUUGUGAAAGUUACUGGGUUUAACUGGCUUUACAUUGUCAUGACAGGAGUUUGAAACACAAACAAGAUAAUAGGGGUUGCCCAGACUCGUCGACUACAACUAACGUAGUCGGCAUGUCAGCCUGAAGUCGAUUAGUCGCUCACUAUGUUAUUUAUAAAACACGUCUGUAGGAAAUAAACCGGGUGUGAAGGCCAGUGGCUCUGCAUUAAAAAAGGCACAAUAAGGGGCCUGGGUAGCUCAGUGGUAAAGACGCAGGCUACCACCCCUGGAGUUUGCUAGUACCCAGGGCAUGCUGAGUGACUCCAGCCAGGUCUCCUAAGCAACCAAAUUGGCCUGGUUGCUAGGGAGGGUAGAGUCACAUGGGGUAACCUCCUCGACAUCACUAUAAUGUGGUUCAUUCUUGGUGGGGCGUGUGGUGAGUUGAGCGUGGUUGCUAUGUCUCCGCGGCAACGUGCUCAACGUGCACAGCCAUGUGAUAAGAUGCCCGGGUUGACGAUCUCAGAUGUGGAGGCAACUGGGAUUCGUCCUUCGCCACCCGGACUGAGGCGAAUCACUACGCGACCACGAGGACUUAAAAGCACAUUGGGAAUUGGGCAUUCCAACUUGGGAGAAAAAAAAAAAAGGCACAAUAUAGGCAAAUAUAGGAUGUGAUGUUCUGUCAGACUCAUAUUAAAAGAUACACACACAUGUAGACAGUGGGUUGAAAAUAAUCAUCACAGGAUACAAAAAUAUCUUUUGAGGUUUUAUUCUGACAGCUCUUCUUUAAAAAAUAACACGGUCUAUGUAUUGUAUUUGUAUUGUAUUUAAAAAAAAAAAAAAAAAAAAAAGAAUAA